UUUUGCUCCGCAACGCAAGAGUCGGCCGACGACGUCUCAUCACCGGCCAUUGACAGCGCUCCGACUGGGCUUUGGGUGGUGUCCGAGUCAAUUUGCUACCGGUGUUUUGAUCUUAACGUUUUUGUCCAAGCAGGCAUGUGUAAGCAGUAAUCUGUUGGCACAUUUGCAUACACUGUUACGAAGACUUGCGGUCCUACUUGGAACACUCUCCGCCGAAUCAAUUCUGGGGGUUUCCGUCUAAUUUUCUCCCUAAAUACUCCCCUACCUCAUCAUGCUUCAGCCUCGAUUGGCCUUGACGGGCCUUCGUCUUCCGUUCAGAUGCCUGUCUUCGGUAUCUUCUAGAUCCUACUCAAGUGUCAUUCACGAAAAAGAGACUCCCCCGACAGAGUCAUCGACGUCAACUUUCGACCCAAGCAUUGCCUUUGCUCCGCCUCCUACACGAGAUGAUGCAGGCGUUCAAAUUCGAUCGUAUAAGCCGAGGACUCCUGGUAUCCGGCAUUUGCGGAGGCCGAUCAACGAUCACCUUUGGAAAGGACGACCAGUACAGAAGUUGACGUUUCCCAAGCGAGGACAAAGUAAGGGUGGUCGUAACAACACUGGUAGGGUAACUAUCCGGCAUCGUGGUGGUGGUCACAAACGCCGUAUUCGAAUUGUCGAUUUUGCACGAGCCGCUCCUGGGCCUCAUUUGGUGGAACGAAUUGAACAUGACCCUGGCCGAAGCGCUCACAUCGCGUUGGUCCGCAGUCAAGAGACCCAGCGCCUGAGCUACAUUCUGGCCGCGGAAGGAAUGAGAGCCGGUGAUGUUGUUCAGAGUUAUAUGUCCGGUAUCCCGGAAGACCUGUGGAAAAGUAUGGGAGGUGUCGUGGACCCUGGUGUGCUCGCCGCAAGGACUGCUUGGAGAGGAAACUGCUUGCCAUUACACAUGAUUCCCAUUGGUACGUUGAUCUUCAAUGUCGGCCUGCGGCCGAAUAAGGGAGGGCAGCUCUGCCGUAGCGCCGGUACUUUUGCAACCGUUAUUGCGAAGGGCAGCAAUACUCAAGCUGCACAGAACGAGCAGGCUCAAGAGGAUGGCGCCGAGGAGAAGAAACCCUUGUCCCAGCGCGAACAGCAGAAGCAGGAACGGAUUGCGCAGCAUAUCACCAUUCGUCUCCAGAGUGGUGAAGUCCGCUUGAUUCAUAAGGAUUGCUGCGCCACCGUCGGCGUUGCCAGCAACCCGAACUACCAGUACAGCCAGCUCGGAAAGGCUGGUCGAUCGCGCUGGCUGAACAUUCGUCCUACUGUCCGUGGUCUUGCCAUGAACGCCAUGGACCAUCCCCAUGGUGGUGGACGAGGAAAGUCCAAGGGUAAUGUUGAUCCGAAGAGUCCUUGGGGUCUACCGGCGAAAUCCGGUUAUAAGACUCGUCCCAAGUGGAAGGUCAAUAAGGCUGUGGUUGUUCCCAGAGUCCGUAACCAGGGCAAGCGUCGUAGAGGAUACAGCUAAGCGUAUCCCAUUGUCCUUCUUUCGUCUCUUCCUCUUCCCCUUUACGCAAGUGCGACUAUGCUUCCUUUGCGAAUAGUGUCCACGGAGGCUCGAUUGUUUCUUUUUACAGCCCAGUCACUAUCGCUUUCAUGAUGUCUGUCCGGAUACCUUUUCUCAUUGUACUUGCUUUCGUUGGGACUGCAUGGGGAUGACAGGUUCGUUCAUCUUGUACUAUACAUCAGCUUUAGAUUGGCCGUAGGGUGUAUGAUCUUGAAUGCUCUGGGGAGCUCUGCAUGUCUCUCUUGCUGUUCGGCUUUUGCGAUCAUGUUUUCUCCAAUGCUGCUCGCUUUUCCUAUACCGCGGCGUUGAUUUUCUGUAUUAUAUGCAUUCAGUAUCUAGAUCCAAUAUGGAAUAUGGAAAGAGGUCUCUGUUUU